AUGGCUAAGCUAGCCGCGGGCUACAAGACAGCUUCAAGCUGGUUGAAAGUACGAAGCUUAUCGGACGUAUCGACCUUAUCGAGCCUGCCGAUGCAAUCAACCUCAUCCACAACCACGUCCAUCGCCGCGGUCCCUCACGAGAACACACCCUUCAGCCAUUUGGCCAUCCUUCGGGGUAUACACAGCACCUUGAUCGAAAAGUCUUAUCCGCAAAAACCAGAUAUCAGUCCCUCGGUUCUCGGAAGCCUCAGCGAGAGGAUAGUCGAACGUGUCCAACAGGAGAUCGCCACGAUCGUGUCGACUGACGGUUUCGGUCCCGGAACAGACUGGGAUCGGCGCGUUCUCAGGCCGAUGAUCGCGACGUUUGAGAUCGAGGAGGACCUCGGAAUGUGUCAGGGGGAUGCAGAGUACGUGUUCCUGCUGGUUACUGUACUGUCAUUGGCGUACGAACUCUUGCUCUUAAUGGAUAAGAGCAAGGCAAGCAAAACGCAUGCAUUCCUUGAACAAGUGUUCGACGAGUGCUUCGUAGAGCCAGAGAUUUGCCGAACAGUUGGACUUCUACUCGACGCUGAACGGGAGCGGCUGGCUCGAAUGAACGCCGAAAUCAAGACAACGAAGGCGAUCCAGGAUAUGCGGAUGCUGCUGCCCGAAAUCAACAUGUGUAUAACGGUGUGGGAUGUGAGCAUACUCCGUAGCCUGCGAACCAGCGAAAUUCCGAGUUAUGUCCAACGGCACGUGCGCGUGUACGAUGUGCUGAAGCCGGAGGCACGCAUCUCUAGGUGGAGCGACGAGGCGGCCACCACGUUCUUCCAAGAAGCUAGGACAUUCGCACCAGUGCGAUGUGCGACCGAGGCCGCUCCCGAUGUGCAGGUGAAGGUCUUCCUGGAGCGCGGUUGUUCUUUGCCGAUCUACUUCGUAACCUCCGUCGCCUUUCGUGGGGAUCGCACGAUAAUACACACGUCCGAGGGUCUAAGUAUGGAGCUUGAGGAGAGCUGUUCAAUCUCUUCGAUUACCGGGGUCUGUGACAGAAUGCGCCUUGCGAUGUGGGAGGGUUCCAAGGAUGGCUUCAUUGGUACGAUAUCCAUUCCCCCGGGUUGCUCGUAUCGCGCGGCCAACGUGGACUGCGUAGCCGAGGGGAUAAGCAAUACGCUCCUGACGGUUAUUGAUACAGCGACUGCUACCUUUGAAUACAACGACAGCUACCACUACUACAAUUUCAACUACAGCUUCAACUACAAAAACUUCAACUUUGACAACACCAACUACACCAACUUCAACUACUACCACCACUACAACAAGACACUAACUAUCAAGAUGUUGUUCACGAUGCUCAUCACCAGAAUCUUGUUCUGUCUUGUGGCCUUCGCCACCGGCGCUCCCGUCAACGUCGAUCCCCGGAAACCACCACCAACGCAGGGCCCCGGCGGAUAUGUCUCAGCGCCUUCAUAUUCUUCGGACAGCUGUGGCCUUGUCACCCCCACCGCCGAGACCUGGAGGCAGAACCUACCAAACAUCAAGGUAUUUGCCGCUGCGUACUGGACCGGCUACCUGAACGACCCAGGCUACAACUCGUUCCCGCACUAUCUUCGCGACAAGCUUGCGCCCAAUGUAGCGCCAAGUGCCUCCUAUUGCGACACCGUUGGAGGAUGCAGCUUCUCUUGCCAAGCUCUCAGUCCCUCGCUAUCGCAACACGAUAAGCAGAUGGCUUACUUCCUCUUCGAACAGAUCGCCGGUGUGGACCACCUGUUGAAGAGCCUUCGCGAAGGCUUACAGGAAGGUGCAUUGUAUGCGGAUGGACAAGUGCCUUCACUUGUGGCGAGAUACAGCGCUGCAGCACGCAUCUCGACGCAAAUUCAACAGGAGAAGAAUGACCACAGGAGGAUGGAGAAGCUCGGCAUGACCGCCGUCUCCGCUCUACUGAUGAUGGCUGGUGGGGCACUAGCUAUCCCAGGUUUCAUUGGACUCGACAAGACUGCCGCACCUUCGAUGGUUAACAUGGCCGCGUCUACCUACAUCUCCGUCGUCGGCACAAUCAACACCGCUCGAGCUGACCCUGAGAAGCUUCCUGACAAUAUCGAGGAUGUUAUACGCUCAUCCCUAAACGACUUUCGCCAUCACAGUAUGAUCAGCAUUGCACAUGAGUCGAAGCAGCUCAUGGAAGGGGACAAGAACAACCAUGGCCAAGACCUGCUCGGUCUCAUGCAGGGUCAAGACUUCUUCAGAAGAGAUGGCAAUAUCCAAGAGGAUAUCAUGAGGAUGUCCGAGAAGGUCUUCAAGCAUGCUGUGAUCAACGCAUUGUGGCAAUGGGAACGGCCCUAUAUCGUUGAUGCUGACGUCCCUACAGGUGCCUGUGAGGUAGACAUUCGUGGACCGACCGAGAACCGAGUGUGCCUGCCGGAACGUCCGGAUCACUCAUACUGGAUAUACGCCUUGGAUAUCUCGCAGGAGAACGACCCUGGUAAAAACCACAAAGCGUUGAUCCAUGGCCCCACAGGAUAUCGAAACUUCUUCGAAGGACAGAACUCCGACGUCUACGGAGCUACCUUGAAGGAUGUCGUCCGCUCAUCCCUUGCGGUUCAUGAGCACAAUCUGUAUGACGCUCUACAAACUGCGGACUUCCAGACGGUCCAGUCGGCUCUAGGACAGGCGAUGAACGCGGGCAACGGCCAAGUCAACCUCAUGGGCGCCUACACGUUAGCGAUCGCCCGCAAUCCCCGCGGCGAAGCCAUUUCCAGCGUCUGGUCCACACACGGUCGGAACUUCCCUUGCAUGGUCGGCGAGUUCGGAUGGAACGACAACACAUACAAUCCUUACCAGGACCAGACCUUCAACUUCCUGGUUCGAAGCGGUCUCAUGUUCUCGGAAGAUUGGGAGAACCUUUGCCACAACGAAGGCCAUUGCAAAGGCGAUAAUGAUGUCGAUUGGCAUUCGGAACUCGACGCUCUCCGCAAACCAGGUGAUCCGCCGAUUCCCGGCAGCUUGAAGCACCCGUUCAAGAAGUGCAAGCAGAAGACCAAGCAUGAUUACGGUGACCCUUCCUCCGACUUCAAUCCUCCUCGUGCGAGGGAUCUGAGUGCUGAGUUCGCGAAUGCGACGAUGUCAUGGGCCUAA